AUGCGGGUCCUCGUCGCGCUCGUGUUCUGGGGGCGCAUCUGGUACAGAGGCCGGCGAGAUUGUAGGGACUGGACGCGGGUGGACGCCAGGGUUCUGGGAAUGCAUAGGCUGCCACACUUGCUCGGGUACCAAAAGUCCCCGAGGAGGGUAUUUCCCCUGACCCGCCUCGGGGGCGGGAUAGGCAAGUGGGGUAGGGGCCGGGCUGAGGGGCGGGGCCGAGCGCCGCCGGGAAGGCAGCCCGGACCUGCCGAGGCCCCGCGCGCAGAGGCGCCGGCGCCCUUGCCCGUUUCCCCGUCUCCCCUUCUCCCCUGGACCUCUGUCCUCCUCAUCUAGCCUCACCUCCUCACAUCUCGUCCGACCUCUUCGCCCCUCGCCUGCUGCUUCCCUCUUCCCAUUUAUCUCCCCUGGGUACCGGGGAGGCAGUCUCGACUGAACCCUCUCACUUCUCGGCCCCGGCUCCUCCGGCUCCUCGCUCUCCUGCUUUUCCUUACCUCCCGUUUUCAUAUCUCAGGGACGGUCUGGUGCCCACAAACCCCAAUCUGGCUCUGCCUCUGCCCGGAAUCUCGACUCUUCCUCUCCCAUUAUCCCCACCCCCAACUUGGCACCCGGCUUUUCUCUUCACUUUUUCAGUUCCUGACUCUUUUGCCCUCCUUCCUCUCACGGCCUUCCUCUAUUUUCAUUCUUAACUCUACAGUCCCUCUCUGCUCUUCUUAGUUCCUUCCCUCAUCACUUCCUCCCCCCCCACCCCCAUUCUCAGUCUCUGGGCUUCUCUGAAGCUCACCCUUCCUGUUCCCGUCCCCCAAUACUCUCUCCUUCACUUCCAGCGACCAUGACCGCUAUCCCAGAUUGGAAGCUACAGUUGCUAGCCCGGCGGAGGCAGGAGGAGGCAGCGGUUCGUGGCCGUGAGAAAGCAGAACGGGAUCGCUUAUCCCAGAUGCCAGCCUGGAAGCGGGGAAUUCUGGAACGACGCAGAGCCAAGUUGGGCCUACCUCCUGGAGAGGGGAGCCCUGUGCCUGGGAAUGCAGAGGCUGGACCUCCAGACCCGGAUGAAUCUUCUGUCCUUUUGGAGGCUAUUGGGCCAGUACAUCAGAACCGAUUCAUUCAACAGGAGCGACAGCGGCAGCAGCAGCAGCAGCAGCAGCAGCAGCAGCAGCAGCAGCAGCAGCAGCAGCAGCAGCAGCAGCAGCAGCAGCGAAACGAGGUGCUUGGUGAUAGGAAGGCUGGGCCUCUGGAGGCUCUAGAACGGAGAUCAAGUCCUGGUAAUUUAAGAGAUCAGAGCCCUAAGGGAAGAGAGUCAAGAGAAGAGAGGCUAAGUCCCAGGGAGGCCAGAGAUAGGAAGCUGCUGAUAGGAGGAACCCAAGAGUCAACUUCGAGGUCUUUGGAGACUGGAGACUGGAGGCAGAGCCCAGCAGAGGCCAGAGACCUGGAUUCCAGACCAGCUGAGGCUCAGAAAUGGAGGCUGAGCCCUGGAGAAACUCCAGAGGAGAAUCUGAGAUUAGCAGGUUCUGGAGAUCACAGUCCCAAGAGAAAAGAGGUAUUGGAAAGCAGACUGAGCCCUGGGGAGCCUGGCGAUCAGAAGACCAGCCUGACAGAGGCCCAUAAAUGGAAUCUUGACUCAAGAGAAGCCCAGAAACAGAGCUUGGUACAGCUGGAGGCCACGGAGUGGAGGCUGAAGUCAAGUGAAGAGAGAAAAGACUACUUGGAGGAGCGUGGGAGUGAGGAAGAGAAAUUGAGUUCAGGGAUUGCCCCAGACCAGCCUUCAGUGACAAAGGAGGUUCAAGACACCACCGCUAGAGAAGUGGAGACUGCCGAGCAGAGGCCCACUGAAGGCUGGAAAUGGACCCUAAACUCUGGGAAAGCUCGAGAACGGACACCUUGGGACACAGAGACGCAAAUUCAUAAGCCAGAUCCUCCAGCAUCUUCAGAGAAGCACUCGGGACCUUCUGCUGUGGAGGCUGGAGGGGAGGCUGAGGAGGAGGCGGGGGCUCAGAGCAGGCCUCUGAGAGCCCAGCAGAACCGCUGCUCUGGGCCCUCCCCCCUCCCACCAGAGCACUCUGGGACGGAAGGCUCCAGACAGCAGGAAGAGGAAGCGGCAGAACCCCGGCCCCCAGCACCAGCCCCUCUGUCUCCCCCACCCUCGGCCCCAACUGCCCCCCAACCCUCUGGGGAUCCCCUCAUGAGCCGUCUGUUCUAUGGGGUGAAACCAGGACCGGGGGUGGGGGCCCCCCGACGCAGUGGACACACCUUCACUGUCAACCCACGGAGGUGUGUGCCCCCUGCCAGCCCAGCCCCUCCAGUCAACCCUGCCACAGCUGAUGCUGCAGGGUCUGGAUCUGGCAAGAAGCGGUACCCAACUGCAGAGGAGAUCUUGGUGCUGGGGGGCUACCUCCGUCUCAGCCGCAGCUGCCUUGUCAAGGGAUCCCCUGAAAGACAUCACAAACAGCUCAAGAUCUCCUUUAGUGAGACAGCGCUGGAGACCACAUACCAAUACCCUUCCGAGAGCUCGGUACUGGAGGAUCUAGGCCCGGAGCCUGAGGCCCCCACUGCCCCCUUAGCAACGCAGCCUGACGAUGACGAGGAGGAGGAAGAGGAGGAGUUGCUUCUGCAGCCCAGGCUCCAGGGCGGGCUGUGCACCAAGGCCCUAAUCGUGGAUGAGUCCUGCCGGCGGUGACCAUCUUCGAGUUUGGGCAUAUACCUCUCUCCUUCUCGCACCUGAAGAUUCUGGAGCUUGGAUGAUUCAGAGCCGACAGACAUGGCAGUGAGCCCGCCUGGCAGGGAAGGGCGACAAGCGAGCGAAUUCCGACUUGCUUUUCCCAUCCUGUUCCUGGGGCGGAGCCAGUAGCCUAAAUUGACCCCUAACCCAAAGUUCCCGGUGGGCGGAGCAUCCUCGGUGAGCUAAGAGUGAGCAUCAAGUCCUGGGUUGGAAUUCAGAAUUUAUCUGGAAUUGAGAUGGAGCACCUCCAGCCUCACAGCCUUCCUUAAAGCUCAGCCACUCCCCGGGGAUCCCGCUCCAUCCACAAACACCCCCUUUUCUAGGUCACUACCCCUUUGUUUACAGCUUCCUUCCCUCUUGAUCACAGCCUGGUUUACAUACCCACUAGCUCCCAAUCCCACCUGCAGAGUCCCAGGUUUACAAGCCAUGCCUACCUGCGGAGCCCCUGUGGGAUCCUCCACCUUCCCUUUGUUUCAUUGUGAGUGACUUGGGAAGGUGUGUAACCUUCUUCAGCUUUGCUCAGUAUUACUGUGCCUCGGUUUCCCCCAAGAGGGCAGGCUGGGGAUCCUAAUCUUGAACCCCAUGAAAGUUAUUUAAUUCUGUUCCUCCACGUGGUUCACAUUGAAUUGAAUUGCAGUGUGGGGGGCGCUCAGGAGGCGCCUCGCUUCUCCCCAUUGCUCCUUUGUCAGCUGCCUGGUUUGUUUCGUUUUUUGUAACUUUCCGUAAUAAAAUGGAGCUCUUUUCAACUCUC